AUGGUCGCCGCACGUGCAUCCACGUCACGCAGGACUCGUCCUUCCCCACUGUCACGCCAAAACUCGAACGACGACGAUGAACAAGAUGCCAAUGGAAAGGGAAAGGCCAAGGAGGACGACGACGACGACAUGGACCCAGACGACGACGACUCCGCCUCCGACUCUGACGGGGAAGCCAUCAUCCGGCGCAUCCCCGUCUACUUCAACCCCAACGCAGUCGACCAUCUCGCCCUACUCCAAUACCCCGACCGACCCCAGAAACGCUCGACGUCGCACCCUCUGAUCCCGCCCUCUUUACGCCCCGACGCUGACCACCCUCAUCGAGCACCCGAGGAUCAGGUCCAAGCGAGGUACAAGCCCUCGUCGCAACAUUUGGAGGUCUCGGUUCCUAUCGAACGUCAUCAUCCGCAACGAUGGAACGAUGAUCAAGCGCGCUUGUUCGCUUCUGGCGUCGUUACCGAGGCUGAUACGGCCAAGGAGACUCGGGCCAGGUUGGAUGCCGCGCUGGGCAAGAAAGGCGGGAGGAGGGGGAGGAAGAACCCACAUGUCGACGAUGAGGAGGAGAGGAGGGAGAGGGAACAGAGGGAGAAAAGGAGAUUGGAGAGGCUCAACUACAAGAGCAUCGCAUUGCCCGAGGUGACGCAUUACUUUGCGAUGGUCGUCAGGGAGGGUCAGUCCAAUCCUUCAGCGUGCCGAUUCCCAUACCAACAGCAUCACUGACUCCUUUACGUAUCACCCUCAGACUCGGUACAUCUCGCCCCCGUGACACAGACGUUCCAGCUCCGACCCAAUCUGCAGUACCUCGACCAGAUCAUCACCAACGAACGCCGCCGCAAGCGCGAAGAGAAAGCUUCCGCCGACGCCGACGCCGAUUCGGACGGUGACAUCUCGGACGCCGAACUGAAAAAGGAGGAAGCCAAAGCCGUGCAGGUCUCGGUCAAGCAAGAGGCUGAAGGGGCUUCGGCUCUUGGGUCGGGCGGGAUGGGCAAUCGAGGACCGGCGAACGGGAGGGCUGGCGCGAGUCUGUUCACUCCGCUCAGGCAGGAGGAGAAUGAGGAAUGGCGCAAAGCCAAGCAUUUCCAUGCCGAUGUAAGCAAUGGGACUUUUUUAAAAGAGUCAGAGAUAUUGGCCUAAUCUAUUUUCCCCUCUCAGACCUCGCGAGCGAACGACGCCUACGACAUGGUUGUCAACUCGCAAGAUGAUUCCUACGAGGACGACUUCAAUGGCACCAUCAAGCCUAGAGACUAUUUGCAGGGGUAA